AUGGCCUACACAGAUGACGCUGUGAAAGCAAAGCUUUCAGCUCUCAACGAGACUCAAGAGAGCAUUGUUACUGUCGCGCAAUGGGUCAUGUUCCAUAGGCGCCAUGCGGAAAAGACUGCCCAGAUCUGGCUUCAGAAGAUUCGUGACUCGCCACCGCCUAAGCGACUGAACCUGGUCUACCUAGCAAAUGAGGUUGCACAGCAGUCGAAAGCCCGUGGCAAGGAAGACUUCCUCAUCGCAUUCUCGCCGAUUGUUGCGGAGGCCACAGCGGCGGCAUACAAAGGCUCGUCGAAUGACAUCCAACAGAAGAUUCGCCGAGUCGUGGAGGUAUGGAGACAGCGUCAUGUGUUUGAAGGCCCGAUUUUGGAUGCCGUGGAGGCGCGUGUCAACGACAUUGACAAGAAUCGCCUGACUACCAAGAAACAACCUCUCGGCGGCUCAUUCUUCAAGGAUUCAUCUGCCGGAUCUACUCCGUCCGAACUUCAGCCAUUGGUCCCCUUGCAAGUCGCUCUCACAAAAGCGGCCAUGACUUCCAACACUUCGGCCACAACUGCCAAUACCGAAUACGACAAGUUGAAUGACCCAAAUGCUCCCAAGAUAACCCCACCGGUGCACGCCGCACGUCUCGGCACACUUUUGAAGGCACUCGCGCAUGCCGAGAAUUCCGUUUCGGAGGUCAUCAAGUCACGCCGCGCCCUGAUCGACGGGCUCGAGAAGCUCCUCGCGACCAAUCGCUCCGAGCUUGAAAAGGAGGAGUCACUUGUGGCACAAUUUGGAGAGAAGAAAGCGGAGACAGACAACAAGCGGCGCGAGGUUGAGGACGCAAUCAUGCGUGGCUAUCAAGAUGACGCUUCCGCCACAGGGAGUGGACAGGGUAACGGAGGAGAUGAGCCCCCUCGCCCUGAAGUUGAAGCAUUGACUCCUCCCCCGGUUGAGGCUAUUACGCCCGUUGGAUCACCCAAACCCGAGCAGCCGCAGGCCAGUCACGGCCCAUUCACAGAAGAUGCCCCGAUAACCCUUCCACAUGGCCUCAGUCUCCAGACGGACAAUGAUAUGUCAUUCGACCCGUCUAAUAUUUCCCCUGAUGGCGGAAAUGAUUUCGACCUCGGUGCAAAUGGAUCAGCUGCGAAGAGACGCAAGGUGGCGCACGAAGAGGACUAUGCGCAGUUUGCUGGUGGAGACUUGGAUGCCGACGUAGCGGCUAUGAUUGCGCAGGAAGGCAAUCAGUGA